AUGGCCUGUGAAUUCAAUCUAAACUUCCUUAAGCAACAGGAACGAGAAGCUGUUCUAGAAGUCCUGUACCGUGACCAGAUGGUGAGAGAAACAGAAGAGAAAAGAAUAAGGAAACUGAAACUGCAGUUGCAGCAGCUUCGGUGGAAAGGGGCAAAAAAUGCAAGCCAUGAAUACCAGGAGAGAUCUUGUGCUCGAUGUCAGAAAUUGCUUGGGUUACUGAUGAACAGAGGUGCAGUAUGCAAUGGGUGCAGUCAUCGAGUGUGCUCUGAAUGCCGUGUCUGCCUGAAUCCGUGCCUUUGGAAAUGCACUGUUUGUUAUGCUCAUGGAGAUGUGAAAGUAAAGGCUGGCGAAUGGUUUUUUGAGGAACGAGCAAAGAAAUAUCCAGGUGAAGGCAGACAUGAAACAGUUGGUGCGAAGCUCUUGAAAUCUUAUCAGAAACUGAGUAAAAUUUCUGUCAUACCUCCAACUCCACCUCCUUUCACAGAAUCUACAGCAGGAAGAUCCAUCUCCCAUUUGCAGGAACUCGGUCAGUCUAAAAGCUUUAACAAAUCUAUGGAAAACUUGUUUCUGUCUCUCACAACACAUAUAAAAAAAAUCUCUAAGUCCCAGAAUGAUAUGGCUGACAGAUGUCUCCUAAGCACAGAUCAUGGGCAGAAUUUGGAAAGAAGGAAGCAAAGAAGGAGCCAGUCUGACACUGCUAUCAACAUUACAAGCAGGAUUAGAAGUAUACCCAGUCUUCAGCAGCUCAUUACUGGGGCCCAAAAUGACAGUGACAUUCUGACCAAAAGGAAUUGCAAGGAGGAAGAAGGCAUAACAACCAGUCCUACAAGUGAUGCAGUUUUCUGUGAUGGCAAAAAACAUGGGAGUUUGUAUAGUCUUAACAGCACUUGCACUGAGUCUGGAAAUUUUGGCAAAGCUAAUGUCAUGGGAGAAAUAGAGUUUGCCAUGAGAUACAUCUUCAAAGCUUGCAUCUUAGAAAUUUGUAUCAAGAGAUGCAAGAACCUGGCUUAUGGAGAAGAGAAGAAGUGUAACCCGUAUGUUAAGGUUUAUUUACUUCCUGAUAAAUCUCCUCGGAGUAAGCGGAAGACAACUGUCAAAAAGAGAACAGUGGAUCCAGAAUUUGACGAGACUUUGAAGUACAAGAUUGAAUACUCCCAGCUGGGAAGUCGGCAGCUUCAGAUCUCUGUGUGGCAUGCAGGAGCACUCAAAUACAGGGUGUUUUUGGGGGAAGUGGUGAUUCCACUGGCAGCAUGGGAUUUUCAAGAGGACUCAAUGCAGUUGUUCAGCUGGUACCAGCUCAAGCCGAAGCUUGAAAAGCCUGAAUAUGAUCUUAUCGAGUACAGUGGUGAACUGCUCGUGUCUGCAAGACUGUCAGCACCAGCUCAGUAUAAAAAUUUCCGGUUUGAAGGAAGAAAAGACCAAGGCGUUCCCAGCUGCCAGCUUCAGGUUGUGAUAACUGGGGCCAAGAACUUGCCUGUGCUGAGAGCUGCUGGAAUGCCGAACCCAUUUGUUAUAGGUUGUCUUAUCCUUCCAGACCAACCAGAGGUAAAGCAGAAGUCUCCUGUCUGGAAGAAAGAAGCCUGUCCCCAGUGGAAUCAUUUGUUUGUCUUUGAUGGUGUGACCCCAGCUCAGCUGCAGCAGUCAUGUCUACACUUGACUGUCUGGGACCAGUCAACUUCCAGCUCAAGUGAUCAAUUCCUAGGAGGAACUACACUUGGUGCAAUGGAAUGGUUUGGUUCUACAGCCCUUUCUCAGUCAGUGCUCCAAUGGCAGGAAGUACUCUGCAGACCAAACACAUGGAUGGACUUUACACUUGUACUGCAUUCAAACAAGGAAAACUUUAAAUCAUAAGGGAACUUCACAACAGCUUUCCUCAUGUGUGAAGCUUUCAAUUCAAAUAGCAUAUGCCUCUCAGGUCUGAGGAAAGAUACACUGCAAGCAUACCUAGUCCAGCAUUUGUGGAACAUAGAGUUAUACAUUUGAAAGUGUGUGAGGUUUUAUUACUCCACAGGUUAAAGCUUUGUUAUCUGUGUGUCUUAUCUGGCGUAUAAGGUUUCUUUGGGAAUGACACACUCCGAAAUGCAUUGUGGUGACAAGGCAACAGUAGCCAGAUGAGAUGCAGCAUUCUAGUUCUGGGCAUAUAACUGUCAUUCUUUAAUCACAGAUAGGAAUAUGUCUUAGAGGAAAAUAACUGUUACCUUAAAGUUACCUGCCUUCACUCUCAUCUUGAUGUUUUGUAUGUUGAAGGAAUUGUCCUGCACCCCUCAGCAGGAGUGAGGGACAACAGUUAAUAGAAAAGUGUGGUUGAACUAAGUGCCUUGUACUUAUCAGCUGUAAGACAGUAUUAACAAGUCUGAUCCAUAUGGCACACAGAACAGGAGUUUAGCUAGGGUUGUAAUUUAUUCAUGUAAGCUUAAGGCCCAGCUGCUGUGUCCAUUCACUUUGCCUGUGAACUGCAGUGUUACAGUGAGCAGGAACUUUAUACAACUGUAACAAGUGCUGUGUUACAUACCUCAGUCCAUUACAGGUAGUACUCUCCUUUAUUCCUUCUCAGGUAACGUGGCUUUUAAGGAGUAAAGAAUUAAAGACACAGAGAGUUAUAUGCUAAGCUCAGGAACUAGAUGAAAAUGCAUGCCUGACACAAAAUAUGCCCCACACAAGAACCAUUUGACUCCAAGUGCUUUGUUACUUUGCAGAUCUUUUAUUUAGAUGUUUGCUGCUGCAAAUAAAAAACCACACACAAUUCAACUCAAGUAUAAAGCAGCAGAGAUGGUGUAAAUGGAAGA